AUGUCGCAACCACAACCUACAUCCCGCCAGGCUUUUCGCCGAACGGAUGAUCAUACUCCGGGUACCCCUAAGGUGAAGCUUGUCACCGAAGCAAUUCCUCCCCUAUCUCCCUCCGGGGUCUUGAUCAAGGUCCAUGCCGUGUCGCUCAAUUACAGAGACGCCAACAUUGCCAACGGAGGCAACCCUUGGCCGGUAGUACCCCAUGGAAUCCCCUGCAAUGAUGCAGCGGGUGAGGUGGUCGCCGUCGGCGAGAGGGUGAAGAACUUGGCGAUUGGGGAUCGGGCAGCCCCGAUCGUGGACACGGAGAACAUCACUGGACGAGAAAAGACUCGGUCUUGGCUAGCGGCCGAUGAGGAUGGAGUACUGGCAGAUUACAUCGUGUUUGAUGAGCACAAGCUGUGCAAGCUGCCUACGUACCUCGACUGGGUUCAAGCGAGUCUUAUCCCGUGCGCCGGGGUGACCGCGUGGGCGGCGCUGAAGGGUAUGGAAAUUGGUCAAACUGUCCUGAUUCAAGGUACCGGCGGCGUGGCCAUGUUUGCGCUCAAGUUGGCGCGGGCCGCAGGCCUGAAGGUGAUCAUGACCUCCUCGAGCGACGCCAAGUUGCAGAAAAUGAAGGAGCAGUUCCCCAGCCCCCCGCUGUUGACUGUGAACUACUCCAAGAACCCCGAGUGGCACGAGGAAGUUCUAAAGUUGACCGAUGGAGCCGGUGUCGAUAUCGUGGUUGAGGUUGGUGGAUCCUCCACGCUGGUGAAGAGCAUGAAGUGUACACGACGUGGCGGAAUUGUUAGCCAGGUGGGAUAUCUCAGCAAGCAGGAUACCAGCGAAUUCGCAGAGCUUCUGUCCGUUCUAAUCGACAGGAGAGUUGUCCUAAGGGGUAUCAAUGCUGGGUCCAAGCAGGAUCAAGACGACCUUUGCGAUGCGCUUUCGGCCACACAAAUCAAGUUCGAUGAUAUUAUCGACUCCAUCUACCCGUUUGAAAAGGCCGAUGAGGCCAUUGAGUAUGUCUGGCAAGGUAAACAGGUUGGAAAACUGGUGCUUCGUCUCUAG